AAAUGGCGAAGCUGACUUUUAAUGUGGGGUACAUUCAGUUGAGCCUCCUUUUUCAAGAUUCUGACUGGCCCCCCCACAAUCAUGCUCCGUUAAGCUCAGUCUUCUGAACUUCAACGCUCCAACAUCACAACAUUUACAACAGAACCCCCACCAACUACCGAUAACACAGUGCGUUUCCUCCGUAUCCGUUCCUCAAUACCAAGGAUCAUUGUUUGCCCAGACUAUUUAUCACAUUUGUUGCGUUGGAUCGUCAUGUUGGCGGUAUACAUAUACCUGCAAGCUUACCUACUUAGGUACAAGCCAAGCGUGAUGAGGCUCUGCUCUCACAUUUCAAAUUCUUCGUGCCGUCCAUUGAGAAACCGUUUCAACAACCUUCCUUUUGUGUGUCAUGGGCUUUGUUUCGUCGGUUAAAGGUUGAUGCAAGCUCUUUUACCCCGCUUACUUUACUGUCCUUGUGAGCAUUGAUUUUUGCUCAAAACUGGGCGCUGUCUUACCUUCCCUCUUGAUGAGGCUCUGCUGUAGGCCCUUUACACUAGCUUCCAUCCGGACUGGCACAUGAAGUUUCAGUCCCGUGCCUCCUCCAAAUCCCACCUCCCUCCCCCUCUCAGGAUGUCAAUAACCAUAUGAUAUUUCAUUUCAGGGUGAUAUUAGACCCUGUCACUGAGACUAUCAGCGCCUCUUUACAUACCUCUAAAAUAUGCAUAGGUAUCUCAGGAGGCCUCGCGGCAAGGUGUCCCAGGCUACAAUCAAGCCGCCACAAACAAGCUGAAGAUCAAAGAUCUGUGACAAUCUCAACAAUUUUCUUAUUGACAGCCUUGCCGCCGCCACACCAGCGCUAUACCGUGAACACCAUUCAGCGCCGACAUGAUAUCGUGUGACAAUACGCUCUGCUAUCACCCUGUUGGCUCCGGGUAGCGGCGAACCUAAAAACACAGAACUUUGGCUCCGCUCCGAUGGCACUACGGUCCGGUUUCCUCGGCAAGAGCCUCAGUCCACGGUACAUCCUGAGGGACAUGCAUUCUUUACCAGACUUGGAAUCUCGGCGAGCAGUCUUUCUUGUUUGAGCCUCCGUACAUGCGACUUGAGAAAUAGGGAAUUCGGAGUCUGAGAGAGCAGACGACCGAAAUCAGCACAUUGUCGUGUGACCCUUCCCGUCGACCGGACGUGCGAUCCCGUUUGAGCAUGCGGUCAGCCAAAUAACUGCCUGUUUGAAGAAGGAGAAAGUUCAAACUCCGUGGGAACACGAGAAUCCGGAUGCCGAGGUAUCGAAAAGCUCGCGAUUACGUCAAGGAGAACAUUGCCGGACCAAGGAUGGAAAAGGACAGUUUGGCUACUUCCGUUUCUGUCACCGGGCUAGGUCAAAUUGCAGAACGUGGGCGAGACUUCAAUGGGUGUGUCAUUGAUCAAUGCCGUCAAGGGCUACCCACGUUCGCGUAUCAACGCCAUAUCCCCUCAAGCGUGGGAUGGAAUUAUGCCGCAUCUUUGCAUCGAUGGCUGCAAGGACGUGGUUUGAUCAUCUCGGGAGGAUGUCCUGUUACGCGUGCAAAGUUUGUCAGAUGAUGGUUGAAGGGGGCUGUGUAGGUAUGUCAGAUACUAUGUGCCUGAGGCUGGACGUGAGGGGUGCUUUGGACUGGCACUUGAACAAACCGCAGCUCGAAGACAUCAUGAUCAAACUCUCCAAAAUUUUCACAUCGAAACUUGCGCCUUUACUAAACUUGGUGUUUGCCCAACAAAGUACAGCGAAGACACCAUCUCUGUUGCUCCUUGCCCUUGGCCGGCAAAGCAGAUGGCCUGGCACCAAUCAUGAGUGGUGGGGGGAGAUCUAAUGAGUUUUUCUCCCUCUUGAUCUGCCGUUUCAUCCGUCUUCUCUCAAUAAGGUAGGCCCGGCUAUCUGCGGUACCUUAUAUUUGAUAAAUUCGUGACGCUGUCACGUCGCACAAAGAGGCCCAGCAGCCUUGGCCUGGCCAUUAUUGAGCCUCGGGGUGACUGAUAGCCACAUCUAACAAUCGAGGGUUAACAAUGAGAUACUAUACUUCGUAGCGGUUUGGCUCGGGUUAAUCACCAAGACGCACGCUGCACCGAUUCUCGAACCUGUGCAAGCUGCCCUCUUUGCCACGAGUUCUGCAUCGUUUGCGAAGAACUCUAGACAUCCAUGAAGCUGCGCUGCUAUGCAGUAUACCACCAACAACACCCUCAGCCUUCUGUGUGCGGGGCCAGCAUUUGCCCCUUUUUUACCCCUUUUUCUAUCCAAUGCUACACGUCCAUCUCUGCAGCAACAAAACUGUGGAGAUCACCCAAAGGUCUGAUUAAGCAGCCGCUCACAACCAUCACCUGAGGUAGGGCAAAAAAAGUUAAUAGCGGAUAAGUCAUGUACAUGAGAUGAGGAAUAUGGAUUAGUAACAAGGUAGCAACGAACCGCAUUGUCGCUGUUGUUCUUUUUUUUUUCGGCCGUCAAGUUCGGGAAUAUGACUUGCUCGAUGAAGAGGGGAUGUGGGGUCGGGAAGCUAUGACAGCAUCAGCUUGGAUGAUAGCUCACUUAUCAACAUUUCACUUACAUACAUCAAACGUGCUGGAAAGACACCGAGGCUGCCUCAUCACUUUUAUUCAAGCUGCGCUGCUUGCUUGUAGCAUUGCGACAUUCUUUUACAGUCAACAAACAACAUCAACGCCAUCAAAAUGGUUCACCAACCACCCCCUCUUCCACUAGGUUCAGACGGCGAGGUCGACCUCCGCACCCCCCUGACAUCAGAUACCAUCCUCCAAGUCCGCACUGGCCGAAUGGCUCCUCUCGCUCCCUUGAGCAUAAAAUCCGGCAUCAACAAAACUUUGAGGUCUGGACCUGUUCAAAUCACAAAGUUAGGGUUGGAAGGUGACGAGCAAGAUCCUACGUUUCAUGGGGGUGUUGAUAAGGCUGUUCACGGGUACUGCGCAGCCCACUACAAGUCCUGGCAAAAGGAAUUCCCCCAAGCCGCCGACAAGUUCGUCCCCGGUGGGUUCGGGGAGAAUCUCGUUCUUGGCUUCAUGAACGAGAGGAAUGUUUGCAUAGGCGACAUCUUUGAGAUAUCAGACUCAACUGCCGUGUUGCAGAUUUCACUUCCAAGACAGCCUUGCUUCAAACUCAACCACCGCUUCCACCUCCCCAACUUCGCACCCAACACCUACCGCCUCUCCCGGACGGGGUACUACUUCCGCAUUCUCACUCCCGGGCCCGUCGAAGCAGGGAAUAAACUGACUUUGGUCUCCCGCCCCCACCCCGACUGGACUAUUGAGCGCAUCCAGCGGUACCUCCAUAAGGAAACAGACAACUAUGACAUGAACCUCGAGCUUUCUCAAAUAGAAGAGUUUGGGGCCGAGUGCAAAGACAACUUCACCCGGCGAGUCCUACGAGCGAGGGCAAAAGCCAAUAAAAAACCAAAGGAGAAGUGGGUGCCCUACCAGGUGGUAGAAAGAAAGGAGCAAACAAAGAGGAUAACUUCCUUUGUCCUCGAAGCGGUUGACAAAUUUGCGGAAGGAGAAGAGAAGGAGCUCAGUCCAGGUGCUCACGCAAAGAUAAAACUGGGAAAGGGCCUCGUCAGGGCGUAUUCCAUCGUCGACGGUGACAAAGAGCGGUUCCAGUUGGCUGUUGCCCUUGAGGAAAAGAGCCGCGGUGGGAGCAAGCACCUCCAUCACGAGGUCGAAGUAGGGGAUGUGCUACAAGUGGGGGCUAUCACGGCUGCGGUGCCGACUGUUUCGGCGGCUAGUCACCAUGUUUUUGUCGCGGGUGGCGUGGGUGUUACGGCGUUUUUGGCAAUGGUCGAGUUCUACAAGAGUAUACACUACAGCGUUGUCCUGCAUUACGCCGUCCGAUCUGCAGAUGAUGUGCCGUUUCGAGACCGGAUCGAGGAGCUGAAGAAGGAAGGACAGCUGGUGCUCUACGACAAGGCUGCCGGGCAGAGGAUGGAUAUACGGCAGAUCAUCCAGAGUAGGGGUUGGAACUCGCAGCUGUAUUUCUGCGGGCCAAAGAGAUUGAUGGAUCAGGCCGAGAGGGAGGUCAAAGAACUUGGUGUUUAUCAAAAGGAGGUGCACUACGAAGCCUUCGAGGCAGACCUGAGCGGGGAUCCCUUUGAGGCUGUCGUGGCGAACAAGGGCGGGGUGGUUGUCAAGGUCGGGGAAGACGAAACCCUGCUCAAGGUCCUGCAGAAGCAGUUUGACCAGCCCGACUCGAGCUGCUGUGUUGGGAACUGCAAGACUUGUCUGGUUGAGCUCAAGGCUGGCCGGGUUGAUCACCGCGGGACGGCUCUGACGGAUGACGAGAAGGUCACCUCAAUGUUGUCGUGCGUCAGCCGUGGGGUUGGGCGUAUUACCAUUGAGAUCUGAUGGAUCGGCCGGGUGGCUUCAUCAAGAUAGCCGGCUGCAUGUUCCGGUCUGCGUCAGCUGAUGCUGUGUUGAGCAUGCGACGGCCGUUCAAAGGUGGGUAAAGAUAUCACCCGUUGCACGCUAGAAAUGCUGAAGAACUGCACUUGUGAUCACU